CAAAAAAGAUAUCUCCCCAUUUCUCAACCGUUAAAUACAAUUUGCCCGGGAAAUUAUCAAAACCCGACCACUAUAAUCCGCUUAAUCCAGUACACUUUCAUCUGAAAACGACGCCGUGUCAACUCUGUUAUCCACACACAGUCACACACUCCCGCUACUAUACUCAAUCACAUUCUCUCCUUCUUUGCUGAUAUUAUUGCCAUCUCCGCUACUACUCGAGAGAGCGAUUGAAACGUGAAGGAGUAGCAGAAGAGAGAGACGAUGUUGCUAAAAAUUGGCGGGAAAAAUGGUGGCGGAGUAGGCCAAUUGCUGGUGGCAGUCGCUGCGGCUUUGCUCGUCCGCUUGUUUUCCGGCCCGGGACCGGAGCUCUUACCGGAGUCCGAGCCCAACUAUGUUGAUGAUGAUGACGACGAGAGAAAUGAGGAUAUUGAUAAAGGCGAUGCUCCGGCGACAGAGAAAGUUCCGCCGGUUCAUCUUAAGUGGACCAACAUCACUUGCUCUCUCUCCGAUAAAUCGUCAAAAUCAGUAAGAUUUUUGUUAAGUGAUGUCAGUGGAGAAGCACGGCCUGGUAGGUUACUUGCUAUAAUGGGCCCUUCUGGAUCAGGGAAGACAACACUACUCAACAUUCUAGCUGGUCAGUUGGCGGCUUCCCCAAGGUUGCAUUUAUCUGGAAUUUUGGAGGUCAAUGGACAGAAAAUAUCACAGAAAGCUUAUAGGUCUGCUUAUAUCAGACAGGAGGACCUUUUCUUCUCACAGUUGACAGUUCGAGAAACAUUGUCCCUUGCAGCUGAAAUGCAGCUAGCGGACAUAUCCUCUGUUGAAGAAAGAGAUGAAUAUGUUAAUAAGCUCUUAUUCAAAUUAGGUUUGGUCAGUUGUGCCGAUUCCCGGGUAGGAGAUGCAAAAGUGCGUGGGAUUAGUGGUGGAGAGAAGAAGCGACUGUCACUGGCAUGUGAACUUAUUGCUAGUCCAUCUGUUAUCUUUGCUGAUGAGCCCACUACAGGACUUGAUGCUUUCCAAGCGGAAAAAGUGAUGGAAACUCUACGAGAGCUUGCAUUAGAUGGACACACUGUAAUUUGCUCCAUUCACCAGCCUAGAGGGUCUGUUUAUGGAAAAUUUGAUGACAUUGUUCUUCUGACAGAAGGUUCACUUGUGUAUGCUGGUCCAGCCCAGGAGAAACCAUUGGACUACUUCUCUAAAUUUGGGUAUCUCUGCCCAGAUCAUGUAAAUCCUGCUGAAUUUUUGGCGGAUCUGAUAUCUGUGGACUAUAGUUCCGCUGACAGUGUCAGUGCUUCCCAGAAAAGGAUAGAUGGUCUUGUUGAAUCAUUUUCCAACCAACAAGAAUCAUCCACACUGUUUGCAACUACCCUUUCUGGGGAAGGCGAGAGCAUAAUGAACAUACGGAAGAAAACAACUGUCAAAAGGAAAGUUGGUUGGUGGAGGCAGUUUUCUCUGCUCUUUAAGCGGGCUUGGAUGCAGGCUUCUCGUGAUGGCCCAACCAACAAAGUCCGGGCGAGAAUGUCAAUAGCAUCAGCUGUUAUAUUUGGUUCUGUUUUCUGGAGAAUGGGAAGAUCACAGACAUCAAUCCAAGAUAGAAUGGGAUUGCUCCAGGUCGCUGCUAUAAACACUGCAAUGGCUGCACUCACAAAGACAGUUGGUGUGUUUCCCAAGGAACGCGCAAUUGUUGAUAGAGAGCGUGCCAAGGGAUCUUAUGCAUUAGGACCAUAUUUGCUAUCAAAGUUGUUAGCUGAGAUCCCUAUAGGAGCAUCAUUUCCAUUGCUCUUUGGCACAAUUCUCUAUCCAAUGGCUCGACUUCAUCCAGCUUUGUCCAGGUUCGGGAAGUUCUGCGGCAUUAUUACUGUUGAGUCUUUUUCUGCUUCUGCCAUGGGUUUGACCGUGGGGGCCAUGGUCCCAACUACAGAAGCCGCAAUGGCCGUGGGGCCAUCUCUUAUGACUGUAUUUCUUGUAUUCGGCGGUUAUUAUGUCAAUGCAGAGAACACGCCAAUUGUGUUCCGAUGGAUUCCUCGAGUUUCGCUCAUAAGAUGGUGAUUCUGACUGUCUUGUGAUAUGUUUUGCAUGUUUUUCACAGAGUAACUGGACUGACAUCAUGGUUCUACUGAUUGACUCUGUGAUAUUGUUCAUCUGCCAUUUCCAUUUUUUCAGGGCAUUUCAAGGUCUUUGCAUCAAUGAAUUUAAGGGUCUUCAAUUUGAUCAUCAGCAGCCAUUUGAUAUACAAUCUGGGGACCAAGUAAGUGAGGUUCUUUAUUAUAGCUUUACUUUGUAGGCGUUGAAAGGUGAAAACAGAUUCUUGGAUUUAAUAGUGACGAAGCCAAGCUUCAUAAUUGGAUAUAAGUGUCACCAAAUAGUUCCUUAUCUAUUAUUCUUCAGGUUGUGACUCAUAAUUUUGACCCUGUCAACCAUAUUGGUUAUGGGUUUACUUUUUACAUUUACCUGAGGAAAUAAUUUUCUUCCGAUUGAAAGAAAGGCCCCAAGUGACAUCUUGGCUUAAUUAAAAGACGGAAUUACAUUCAUCCUCAUUACCUUGUCUUGAUUUCAAUAUUCUUUUUCGUGCUUUCUUUCUUUUUGUAUGGUGAUUGUUAAGAAAAUUCGCUGUCUUUAUGGAAUGACACUGCAAUACCAAUUUGUAGGCACUCGAGCGAUUUUCCUUUGGAGGCAGUUCUAUCAAGGAAACUGUUGUAGCUCAAAGUAGAAUACUUCUGUUUUGGUAUUACACAACAUACCUGCUUCUGGAAAGGAAUAAACCUAAGUACCAAAAACUUGAGCAGCCAGUAACUGAUGAUACUCAAAAACAGCUAGAGCUAGAGCCACUCGAAAGUGAUCCAGAACUAACAUACGAGCAAGUUGAAUCUCCUCUUCCUGACCAAGGUAAACCUGAACAGGAGCUCGAAUCUUCUGCUCCUGACCCUCUUAAUCUGUUUGACCUAGAAGGUUUUUAGUUACUUGGGCAUUCACGAUGUUUAAUGGAAGAUAUGGAAACUUGUCGUUGAUCUAUCUCGUACAGGUACUAAUCUAACGGAGAUGACUGCAAAAUAGAGGAGUCCUCAUGCUCUCUUUUUUUUGACAUAAUCCGCUGUAAACUAGAACAAGUACUAGAUAGCUACUGUACUCUUAAUCUCUUAUUAGUCUUGGUUUACAAAGUGUCAAUGUGAAUAAAAUGUGCCAUAUGAUUGACAGAGCUAGAAAGUCUUAGCAUAUCAGAUACGUAUAUUUUCAUGGAUUUUUUAUGUUAGACAAAGGCUUCGGGAUUUCUUAUGUCAAUUUUGAUCUCAGUUGAGUUCAGUCUUUGCAAGGAAGCUUCAGCCCGCUUGUUUUAUCAUAUGAGAUGAUUCUUAUGGAUUCUGAUGUGACGGUAUUUACAUAAAAUUCGGUGUUUGUUUUCUUGGCAUCAUUUGGAC